AUGAAUCUGUGGGUAUCAAUCCUGUUGUUUCUCGCCCUCGAAUGCAGUGCCAUUACGGACCUGCAGAAGGCUAAGCUUUUGAGCUUACAUAACGAUGCACGUCUCAAGGUGUUGAAGUGCCAACUUCCAGGGCAACCAUCUGCCAAACAACUACUCAACCUGUCUUGGGACGAUGAACUAGCAGAGAAAGCGCAGCGACAGAGUGACACAUGUCAAUUCGGCCAUAACACGAACGAGGAAAGAAUCACCUCGAAAUGGAGGAAUUGGGUUGGGCAAAACAUUGCAGGAAACCCAGCAUAUGAAAAUGGAUUUGCAGCUUGGUUCAAUGAAUACAAGGAUUACAAUUUUCGACGAAAGAGUUGUGCUAGAGUGUGCGGACAUUAUACACAAAUCGUAUGGGCGAAUACGAAAGCGGUCGGCUGCGGUGUGACGAACUGCGCCGGCAAGCCAAACUUCCCAUACGGCAUGUAUCUUGUGUGCAAUUACGGGCCGGGGGGGAACUACAACAACCAAUAUCCGUAUGAGGCCGGCGAUUGUGUUGGCCGUUAGUAAACUUUCUCCGCUUACGCAUGCCGGUUAGGACUACCUACUGCAUCAGUUAGAAAACAACACUCGUUUGUGCUCUCUUAUACUCAAAAAUAUAUAUCCAAAGAAAAUACAUCUGCUCUACAU